AAUCAGCAAAGGCACAAAUAGCAUAAAUAUAAAUAAUAAAAACUCAAGGGAGGGGGAGAUUUUGGCCAACUGAGGAUGGACCGGAGUGCCCCACUUGAAGCCUCUUUCCAUAGGAGGAACUGAAUAACAGCUCCAUCUUCUGCUCAGUGCUGUGCACCUAUUUACAUCCUCUCUGUCUUUUGUUUAUCUUUUACACACAGAUCCAGCUACUUGGGAAUUGGAGCUUAGGUUUUGAUCUUAUGCCAUUCUGAGGUCAAUCUGUCGAAAUAUAUGCCCAGCAAACUUCACAUGGCGGUCAUUUUUCAAACUCCACCAACUUCAGCCUGAAGCUUCUUUUAAUCUUUUUGACUGUGACUGCUGUGUUGUCAUGUGAACAACAAUCAACUAUUUUGACUUGAAAAUUUUGCAUUCUUACUUAUUGGAAGAACCCUAAAGUAGAGUUCUUGUCUGAUUUCCCAUUAUUUCACGGGUUAAACUUUUCGUAUGGCUGUUGCCAAGAGCGACAGGUACACUGAGCAAUCAUGUUAUUCGCACAUUUGUUAUAGAGUAGCAAGUUUGAGGGAAACUAUUUUGGAUGCGAACCAGACUGCAAAUUUGAAUGAUCAAUAUGUUAUUGGAAAACAGUUGGGGUUGGGGCAGUUUGGCAUAAUCAGGGAAUGCAUGGAUAAGUUAACUGGGAAGGUUCUAGCGUGCAAAUCUAUUGCUAAAGAUAGGUUAAUCACUCGAGAAGAUGUUCGCAGCAUCAAGCUUGAGAUUGAAAUAAUGACUAGGCUUUCUGGGCACCCUAAUGUCGUUGAUCUCAAGGCCGUUUAUGAGGAGGAAGAUUAUGUGCAUCUACUGAUGGAACUUUGUGCUGGAGGUGAGCUGUUCAGCCUGUUGGAAAAGCAUGGGAGGUUCUCUGAGCCCAAGGCCCGUACUCUUUUCAGGCACCUGAUGCAAGUGGUGAUGUACUGUCACGAUAAGGGUGUUGUUCAUAGAGAUUUAAAGCCCGAAAACAUCCUUCUAGCCACAAGUUCUUCUUCUUCUCCAAUUAAAUUGGCAGAUUUCGGUCUUGCAACCUACAUCAAUCCUGGACAAAAUUUGCAUGGCACUGUUGGCAGUCCAUUUUAUAUAGCUCCAGAGGUCCUGUCAGGAGGGUAUGAUCAGGCAGCUGAUGUCUGGAGUGCUGGUGUGAUACUUUACAUUCUUCUCAGUGGGAUACCGCCGUUCUGGGGGAAGACUAAGUCGCGAAUUUUUGAGGCUGUUAGGACUGCUGAAUUGCGAUUUCCGUCUAAUCCCUGGGAUUCUAUAUCUUACUCUGCGAAGGAAUUGAUUAAGGGAAUGCUUUUUGUAGAUGCUUCUAAAAGGCUAACAGCUCAACAAGUUCUGGACCACUUAUGGGUAAGAGAAGAUGUGCAGCUUUCCGUUGAACCUCAUGAAUGUAAGCAAAAUUGUGGAUUGGAUCCAGACAAAGGUUGUUUUUCUCCCUCGCUAAUGCCCAGGAAUCAGGAUCUCAGUUUUGGAACUGAAUCGCCUUCUAUGGGUGAAAUCCUGUCGCCUUCUUUCACAUGCAGAUCGUCAUUCUCCUCUUUCCUGAUGGACCCAUUGACACCUUCAUUUCAACCUGGUGGAUUUUCUUUCUGUAGUAGUGGCGGAUCAAACACACUAGAAUUUUCUACUCCUGUCGUCGCACUGCCAAGCUUUUCGUUCUUCAGCCCAGGUAAUGUGGUUGAACAAGGGAACGGGGCUUUGGCUCUUGGCAUGAACCCCUCCAGAGUCAACUUGGUCGAGAGAGAUUCUGAUUUGGGGAAGUUUUUUAAACCCCCAGAUUCUUCUCAAUGCUUGGAGCGUGCAGCUGGUGUGAUGGACAAAAAGGAAGUUGAGGUUAGAAAAUGCGGGUCUGGCAAGUCUAAACUAUCUGGUAUCCAUAGCAGGAGAAACCGCACUAUUGGCCUUGGCGAAUUUGAGCAGCUUGAUCUCAUGGUGACUGAAUCAGUUAUUCGAUGGGCCUCGUGCACUGACCUAUCAACACCAACGUCACUUAGGUCUUCUCUUGUCUGUUAAAGGAUUGAACUCGCAAUUCUAUAUGCUAGCAGCUUGACAAAAUAGGCUAGUAGCCGAUGAGUCUUUGCCAUGUGUAGAGAGUUAGAUGUUUUGCUUAUUCUCAGUCCCUAAUUGUCCUGUGGUUUCCCCGAUUUCCUUCAUCAACAUUAAACUUUCAUGUUUAUUUUGGCGUUGUGUAUCGUUAAAUGACAUGAAUUAGCUUAUUAUGUAUCAAAAGCACGAUUGACUGUGCAUGAAUUACCAGGCAAAGUUGUUUUGAAUGAGGCCUA